AUGUUGCCUAAAUUUUUAACAAAAAGUUAUCCACUAAAUAAACAUUUAUUUUUAAUACCACGUUUUGCCUUGAGUCUCAUUGGAUAUUAUCCGGAAUCAGAGAGGACAACUAAGGUGCAAUUGUGGUCUUUCUUUAAUAUAGCAAUUUUGGGUUAUGGUUGUUAUGCUGAAUUUUAUUAUGGCAUUCACUACUUGAGCAUCGAUAUACCCUCGGCAUUAGAUGCGCUUUGCCCAGUGGCCUCAAGUAUAAUGUCGUUUAUAAAAAUAUUUUUCAUUUGGUGGUAUCGAGAGGAAUAUAAAUUUCUUAUAGAAAAAGUUCGUUAUUUGACGGACCAACAAAACUCCAGCGGUAAAGUGCAAAUGAAAAAGAAAUAUUUCACAUCAGCAACACGCUUAAAUGCUUUGGUAUUAUUUUUUGGGUUUUGUACCAGUACUUCAUACACUUUACGACCCAUUGUCACUAAUACGUUUUUGUACCUCAAAGGUCAACCCAUUAUUUACGAGACACCAUUUAAAAUGAUGUUUCCAGAAUCUCUUCUUUCAAUGCCAAUUUACCCGAUAACUUAUAUAUUAGUCCAUUGGCAUGGAUAUAUAACAGUUUUAGCAUUUGUCGGUGCUGAUGGUUUCUUUUUGGGAUUCUGCUUUUAUUUUUCCACACUUCUGAAGGCCAUACAACAAGACCUCCAAAGUAUAUUGACUGAUAUUGGAAAUAAAAACAAUAGCCGAUAUGAGUCCGAGGAUAAGGUUUGCUUGGCGCUGGAAGAUAUUAUAGAACGUCAUAAUGAAGUUGCCGAGCUUACUGACAAAUUUUCCUUGAUUAUGGUAGAAAUAACUUUGUGUCAUUUUAUUACCUCAAGUAUAAUUAUAGCUACCAGUGUUGUGGAUCUUUUGCUAUUUUCCGGCUACGGCGUUAUAGUCUAUAUAGUUUAUACUUGUGCCGUUUUGACAGAAAUUUUUCUCUACUGUUUGGGCGGAAAUACUGUUAUGGAAAGUAGCGAAGAUUUGGCCACAAAAGCCUAUAGCAGUGAAUGGUAUACACACAGUGUUAAAAUCCAAAAAAUGAUUUUGCUAAUUAUGGUACGUUCCCAACGAGCAAUUAUUAUAAAGGUACCAUUUUUUGCUCCAUCAUUACCAGCACUGACUGCGAUUUUACGUUUUACUGGUUCUGUUAUUGCUUUAGCUAAGUCGGUGAUUUAA